AUGACGACCACCGAUGGUCUUCCACCGGAUCCUCUGACCCUUCUCCGCGGCUGUGUCGCCGCCAACAGUCUUCCAAUACCCUCUCCGAGCGAUGACCCAUCAACAGCCACUGACACCACCCUCUCCCUCGCCCUCGCAACACAUCUCAUCUUCAACACCGAGUCAAUACAAGAUGGCGCACAGCAUCUCGCGAUUCCGCUUCCGCAAAUCACACGAUUCGUAUCAGUGGCAGCAGGAAACAGAGCUCUGGACCUUCGCUCCGUCUUCUUCUGCUGGCAGAACAAGGACCAGAGUGCGGGAACUUACAUUGCGGCUACGCAAGCAUUGAAUGAGGAAUUGCGGUCGAAUGGGAAGCAAGAGACCGUAACGAAUUUGGUCUUCGCGGAAAAGCUCGACCUGAACCAAUGGCUGGCAGGAGAGGUGGGGGAGGAGGAGAGCGAAUUCAUACGAUCACUGGACGCCAACAAAGCUACCCGAGCUGAGGCCAAGGAUGCAGCUGCCACAGCAGCAGGAGGCGAGGAUGUCGAGAUGCGGGAUGCCGACUUGACGGACGGUGCAGCAGCGAAGCGGGAGCAGCAGCGAUUGCGAGAGAUCUUCGCUGCAGAGAGGAAAAUGGGCGACCGCAAUCUAAUGCUCCGAGGCGUCAAGAUCCAGGACUUCAGUGACGUACGAAAGAAGUAUAGUGUGCUCUUCUUCGGCAAAUCUCGAGUUCCACCCGGCGGACAACCCGCGCCUACACUUACAAACAACCCUGCUUUGCGACCACCGGUCAAGGCCGCGCAACCAGGACGAAGACCAGAGCCCAUCAUUCUCCUCUCACCAUCCGCAUCAAGUCUCCUACGCAUGCCCAACAUCAAGUCGUUCUUAGAAGAAGGAGUCUACACACCACCGGAAUCCGGCACAACGUCAAAUAUCCUCCAUCUUACCCGCACAAUCCCACAUUUGGCAGCGUCAAAACCAAUCCGAUUCAUCCUCGUAGACGACCCCUCGACGUUCAGACCGGACUACUGGGAGCGUCUGGUAGCUGUUUUUACGACAGGCCAGACCUGGCAAUUCAAGAACUAUAAAUGGCAACAACCUGCUGACUUGUUUUCCCACGCACUUGGCAUCUACGUUGGAUGGAAGGGCGAGAUCGUGCCGGAUAGUGUCAAGGGUUGGGGCCGAGGUGUCAUGGUGGCGCAGAUCGAUAAGGGCAAAGAUCGAUGGAGAGAUAGGGAGGUCGUGGAGGAGGUAUGGAGGAAUAUUGAGGGGAGGAUGAAGGAAAUGGGGUGGGCGUUUUGA